ACAUUUCGUGCAACCACAAAGGAAUAGAGCCCCUGAGGCUUCUUGGCCGCGGCCCCCCAGAAGUCUUGGAAGAUCAACAUCCAGGUUCUGACACUCACUGUGCUGCUGCAGUGACGUCACAGAGCUGUAAUACAGACCGACCUGAUUGCUCAACAGGGCGAGAUCAGAGAGGUGUCAUCUGCAGGAACACACGCUGCUAUAAGGCCAAACCUCCUCCACCCAGAAACACACACAACACACACUCAACACCAUGUUUAAAGCUUUGGGGGAAAUCGCCGGGGAUGAUGUGGUCACCGAUUGCAUGAGAGAAAUCGCCAUUAAAAAAGCAGGUGAUGCAGUUGAGGAUGGACUGAGGAAAUGUCUGGGUGGUGGAAAUGACAAAAGAGAUGGAGGUGACAGCAAAGGAGGAUUAGACAUAGGAAACAUCAUCUCAGGCGCGUGUGGUGGGAAGAAAGAGGAGAAAGGAGGAUUUGACAUAGGAAACAUCAUCUCAGGCGCGUGUGGCGGGAAGAAAGAGGAGAAAGGAGGAUUUGACAUAGGAAACAUCAUCUCAGGCGCGUGUGGCGGGAAGAAAGAGGAGAAAGGAGGAUUUGACAUAGGAGAUGUCAUCUCAGGCGUCUGUGGUGGCAAGAAAGAGGACAAAGGAGGAUUAGACGUAGGGAACAUCAUCUCAGGCGUCUGUGGCGGGAAGAAAGAGGAGAAAGGAGGAUUUGACAUAGGAGAUGUCAUCUCAGGCGUCUGUGGUGGCAAGAAAGAGGACAAAGGAAGAUUAGACGUAGGAAACAUCAUCUCAGGCGUCUGUGGCGGGAAGAAAGAGGAGAAAGGAGGAUUUGACAUAGGAAACAUCAUCUCAGGCGCGUGUGGUGGCAAGAAAGAGGAGAAAGGAGGAUUUGACAUAGGAGAUGUCAUCUCAGGCGUCUGUGGUGGCAAGAAAGAGGAGAAAGGAGGAUUCGACAUAGGAGGUGUCAUCUCAGGCGUCUGUGGUGGCAAGAAAGAGGAGAAAGGAGGAUUUGACAUAGGAAACGUCAUCUCAGGCGCGUGUGGUGGCAAGAAAGAGGAGAAAGGAGGAUUCGACAUAGGAGAUGUCAUCUCAGGCGUCUGUGGCGGCAAGAAAGAGGAGAAAGGAGGAUUCGACAUAGGAAACAUCAUCUCAAUUGUUGGUGGUGGAGAGAAACAUGAUGACAAGAAGGAAGAGGAAGGAGCAGGUGAGUCCAAACCGACGUCAUAGCAACGUUUAAAACGGCACAAUUUCUCAGUAAUGUCUGUUUAGUCCAGAGGAAUCAGUGCAAAUAGUGGACUUAAGUUCAACUCUGGUGAAGACAUGAAUUUUAAUCGUGAGUCGUCCUGACAUUAUUGACCUUCGCAAGUACACAUAGUGAGAGGGUCCAAAAUAUAGGAAGCUAUUGUUUUCUCAACUCGAGGAGUUCAGAGCGCUGCGGCAAAAACGCCAGGCCCCUACAGUGCAGAAACAUGAGGCGCGUCA